AUGGAUGGUGGCACCUCGAGCAAGAGACGAGUAGAAGCCCCAAGAGAAGGACAUAAUGUCAGCAUGGGGAUGGACGCCCUCGACUGCCCCGUCUGCUUUCAUCCCCUCAGGCCUCCUAUAUACCAGUGUUCUGUGGGGCACUUCAUAUGCUCAUCUUGCCGUCCGAAGCUCGGGCGCAACAAGUGCCACUUAUGCUCUGCUGAAACUACCUUCCAGCGCUGUUUAGGGAUGGAACGUCUCAUGGAGUCGGUCAAGGUUCCUUGCUCCAAUGCCAAAUAUGGAUGCGUUGAGAAGCUCACUUACUACCAGAAAGAUGAACAUGAAAAGGAAUGCCCGAACGCUCCAUGUUUCUGCCCAGAGUCCAGCUGCAGCUUUGCAGGGGCAACAGAUGCCCUCCUUGACCAUUUCUCCUCCCAGCACAAGUGGCCGUCUACAACCAUCAAAUACUCUGAAGAUGUAAUGUUCCGCCUAGAACCAGGCUUACACUUUCUGCGUACCAAAGACAGACAAAUUUUCCUUCGCAACGUGGUACUAGAGCCAGUCGGGCAUGCCAUCUCUGUUGUCAGCAUCCAACCUAAACCUAAAAACUCCAAGUUCAUGUGUAAUAUGUCCUAUGGUUCCUCUCUGACCGUCUAUUUUCAGAGCUCAACUUACUUACGAAGCUCAUCGUUGUCUGAUGGGCUACCCAAGGGAUAUAAUUUAAUUCUGCCCAAGGAUGAGAUAGCUGAUGAUGGAAAGGCUACCUUUCUUACGUUCUCCAUUGAUGAUCCUAAUCCUAAAGUAAAGGCGCGUGAGCCCAUAUGUCUGAAACCAGUACACGGUGUAUGAUUGAAGUGGCAAGGUUCAGCGUGGACGUUCGCGGCCUUCACUGUUUGGGUUCCAUGACUUGUA